AUGGCAACGCAGCCUCUGCUGCAGCGCUUCCUGUCGGUGGGGCUGACGCCGGUUGUUCGCCUGCCCCGUGCCCCCUACUUGUGCUUUGAGAGGCGAUGCACUCACAGCCGUCUCUGUGCGGCCUUUGUGUCAAGACAAAUGAGCGGAAAAGGGAGCUACUGCGGUUCCUCUCGGAAAGAUGGCACGGAGAAAAAGCCAAAUCGUCAGCUUUCUCUUCCCACUGACGUCACAGCAGCUGGCCCCGUCCAUCAGGGUUGUAACCCGUUCGCCCAAACAGGUCGAAGCAAACUGCAGAACAAGCGAGCCAAUUUGAACCAACAGAUCAUCAAGCAAAUGAGGAUGCGAGCGGGAGCGGAGAAUCUUCUCAAGGCUACGUCCAACAACAAGGUGAAGGAGAUGGUCUUGCUGGAGCUGAGCUACGUCAACUCUAACCUGCAGCUCCUCAUGGGCCAGCUGGAAGGACUCAACAGCUCCGUGGAGGUCUACCAGAGCAGCCAAGAAACUGCCAACAUCCCUCUUAUUGCGCUGGGUCUGAAGGAGACCAAGGAAGUUGACUUUUCUACUCCUUUUAAGGAUUAUAUAAUUUCGCAUUACAAUGAAGACGGAGCCAGCUACGAGGAUGAGCUUGCCGACCUGAUGGACUUGCGUCAGUCUUGCAGGACACCAAGUCGUAGCGAGGCUGGCGUGGAACUUCUUGCAAAGUACUUCAACCAUCUUCCGCUAGUAGAGAGUCGAUUCUUCUCACCCACGCAUCACAGCGGCAUCUUCUUCACUUGGUACGACUCCUUCACGGGCGUGCCGGUUUGCCAGCAAAACCUAUCGCUAGAGAAGGCCAGUAUGCUCUUCAACAUGGCCGCCCUCUACUCACAGAUCGGCACCCGCAGUGACCGGCAGACAUCGGUCGGCCUGAGGGAUGCCAUUUCAGCAUUCCAGAAGGCAGCGGGCAUUCUGAACCACCUGAAAGAGACUUUCACGCACACGCCUAGCUAUGACAUGAGUCCUGCCAUGCUGGCCAUGCUGAUUCGCAUGAUGCUGGCGCAGGCACAGGAGUGUCUCUUCGAACAGCUCGCCCUGCCCGGCGUCCGCAAUGAGUUUCUGACCCUGCUCAGGAUGGCGCAGGAGGCGGCCAAGGUGUCAGAAAUCUACGACCACGUCCACCAAUCCAUGAUCCAGACGCCGGUGAAAGACAAUGUGCCUUUUUUCUGGUCCACCAUGUCCCAAGUGAAGACCAACCACUAUCGCUCCAUGGCGCACUACUUUUUGGCCUCCGCUUUGUUGGACCACCACGUGAGUCCAAGCGAUGACGAGGACAAGCAAGAAAAGACCUUGUCUCAAGUGUACGAUCACCUACCUGAUGGAUGUUCACCUCUGGACAUUUUGAAAAAAAAGGAUCAGCGAGAGCGAGUCGGAAGAGCCCAUAUUCGUCGCGCCAUCACGGGCCACGAGGAGGCACUGAGGAUCUACUCAUUGUGCCAUCACCUCAACAAGCUGGAGAUGCUGCAAGACAUUCUAAAAGCCAGCCACCAGCGCUCGCUGCACAAGGCCAGUGACAACCAGACAGACGAGGAAUUCGCAGACUACCUGGAGGCACCCGACAUUAUCUCAAAAACUGAGCAUCAAGCAGAGAUGGAGUUUCCCGCUGUCUUAAAGGUGAAAGUCAUGGACUUUUUCCGGAGGCUGGGUCCUCUAUCGGUGUUCUCCGCCAAGCAGCGUUGGACACCACCCCGGACAGUUCGUCUGCGAACAGAGGACAGAGACCUGGGCUUUACCCUUAAGGGGGAUGCACCGGUCCAAGUGGUCUCACUGGAUCCUCUCUGUCCUGCUGCUGCCGAUGGGCUGAAAGAGGGCGACUACAUUGUUGCCGUGGGUGAGGUGGAAUGCAAGUGGAUGGGUGUGGGUGAGGUCAUGAGGCUGCUGAAAGAUGUCGACGAGCAGGGCGUGGACAUCACGGUCAUCAGCAUGCUGGACAGUAACCCAACCAUGCCGGCCAAAAGUGCCACAUUCUGCGGCAACCUGCCCAAAACGUACUCCAUGAUCUGCCUGGCCUACGACAGCGACGACAAGAAUGGCAAGUCGCGCAAGAUCAGCAAGAAAUCAUCCUUCCUCAGCUGGGGCCUGAAGAACAAACUGAAGAGUGCCAGCACCGUCAGCCUCCCCACCGCGGAGCAGUCGUGGAACAAGCCUUGUCCGGCCUUCCCCAGCACCUACAAGGAUGCCACCCGUUACUGA